UGUGCUGCGGGUGGACGGGAGUGGCCUGCGGGAGAGCGAGAGACGAGACGAGACGAGAUGAGAUUGACAGCGAGACGAGAGAAAGAGAGCGAGCCGAUGGAAGAGGGAGAGGAAGAAGAAGGGUGUGACGAGGGGGAAAAGUCGCCUGUCGAAUGGGAGCCGACAGAAGAGAGUAUCAACGAGAAAAAGAGAGAGAGAGAGAGAAAUUAUCCUGAUCCUGAUCCUGAUCCUGCUGGCCUGGCUGGCCCCCCCCUUCCCCCCUCCCCACCCUGCGGCCGGAUAUUUAAGCCAGAGUGGACGGCCAGGGAGAUGCGGCAUGAGAUGAAAGUACUGAGCAAGAAGUUGAAGGUGAAACAUCCUGGAGAGCGCUUAUCAGACGGUGGUAUAAGGGUGGUGUGGGCAGGGAUGGCGCGGGAAGACAAGGAGCUGAGCGGGUUCGAAGAGAAGGUGAUGUUCGACGCUAGCCGCUGUCCUCUUUCUUUUCUUUUCUUUUCUUUUUUGCUGUUCGUCUCUGGCAGACAGCAGACAAGCAGACAAGUAAGUGAGUAA